AACACCACCGGAAAGAGGGAGACGCGCCGAAAGGAUUGUUUUGGUGAAUGUACCGGGGAGCUGAAAACAACACAUUUUCCCAUCAAAUUAUCAUCUGUUUUUCUCUGAUUUAUAAAUACUCGUGAAGACAUUAUGAAGCCAGCAGUUGACGAAAUGUUUCCUGAGGGAGCGGGCCCGUAUGUGGAUCUGGAUGAGGCAGGGGGAAGCUCGGGUCUGCUGAUGGAUCUGGCCGCCAAUGAAAAGGCAGUUCACUCAGACUUUUUCAAUGAUUUCGAGGAUUUAUUCGAUGACGAUGAUAUUCAGUGAUGAAGACGACAAACUGGAUCAAUUUCUCCUUUGUAUAAAAUGUUCAUUGUUGUAAAUUUCAGUGAUGCUCGAUUGUCUUAACUGUCAAGUGUGUUAAUAAACAUUUGCGCAAAACCAA